AUGCGCAGCUCUACAGAGACAGAGGUACAGUACAGUGCUUCGAUUGUGUGCGCCCCAAGUGUAACCCGAGCGUCCGGUCAAAUUCUGACCGGACCCUUGGUCAUGGUCGAUGUGUUCGUUGCUCACGGACGGACCUUGGGCCACAACGACAUCGAUGCCUGCGCGGGAUUCAAUGCCCGUUUCCGUGCCCUUUUACUUUUCUUCCCGGGAUUUCUCGAAGAAUGCCUCGUCGAGGCCAGAAUUGCCACUUUUCCUCGCGAUCGGCACGUGGCCGUGAUUGUCGCAGGGCUCGAAUUGGACUUCCGUGCUGAUGUCUGAUGUCUGUGAGUGUGUCUGUGCUCCCGUAGGCGGCCUACAGGAAAGGUCGUCGUCCGAAGAUUGAAGAUCGUUUCUGUUUGUCGGUGGCUCCGGACGACGAAGCUUGAAUCGUUCCCCGGGGCGGCCGGGCGGCGCGCACGCGACAGGUCUAGGACCCUCGGAUGUGAAGAUCGUGUUCGUUCGCAUGGUUUCAUCUUCCGAGAGUUACCCGAAGUCUGCAGCUUACAUCAUGCAUAUGAAUGAUUGCUACGAUGAACCUGCAAACGGAAGAAAAAUAUUAUUUGUGGCGAUUAGGUUAUCUUCAGAGUUUAGGAUAUGAGAAAGAUUCAUCUUUGAUCGAUGCAAAUUUCUUAUAAACUUUGCAUUCACUUUUUUGCUACUAUGGGCUAGUCUAUGCAGGCAAAGUUACAAAAUUGUAGAUUUUGAUUCAGUAAUGUAUAAUGGCUUUCCAAAUGUCACCGAUCAUCUUUUUUAUGUACAUUUUGUUACACCUUUGGGUUUUUCAUCCAUCUAAGUCGUUGUAAACCAUUUGUUAUCUUGGAUGCAAAACUCGUUCUCCGGUGCCCGGUCACACCGAAAGUGUAGACAUAUUGAGCAUGAAUAUAGUUUCCCGGCCUAAUGCAUCUCUUGCAUUUGUGGGGAGAAGUUGAUCAACUUUGUAGCUGCACGUCUCCUGAUGUGAUCGUCAGAGUGACAAGUCAAUGCCGUUUCCUGGAUUUCAAGAGUGCCCUCUUCUGAAUCUUUCCUCCUGAUCCUGGUCUUCCACUAGACUUUCUCGUGGGGGCUCGGAAUCCGUCUUGAAAUAGAUGAAGUCCUGAUUUAAUUGGGCCACUAAGAAUCAUGAUCGAGCUUUAGAAUCUUAAGUGUGUAUUUCGUCUUACCUUCGACGUUGAAAUUGUGCCUAGACCUCGAACAAGUUGAUGGAAAUUCCUGACGGCGUACUUGACUAUCGACUCCUAACAGCACGUAUAUCAGGCGGUGUAGUAUACUGGAUGCAUUGAAGCAUUCUCACAGAAUGACUUGACUGGAUUCGGUUCACAAAUCGAAGAAGAGCAUGAUCGACACCAGAAUCGAAUCUUUUCCCUUUGCUCCAACUGUUCCAAGGAAAUAAUGUUCAGUGACUCCAGUCUUCGGUUUAUGCUGGAGGUUUACCUCAACCUCCAGUUUCCUUGAGCGAAGCACUGCAGCAGAUUUGUCUUCACAAACAGAGAGAGCGAUUGUUUUUGCUUCCAAUGGAGAUCCUACGUGCUUCAGUAUACAUCCACUUUGACUUCUGUCGAGCAUCAUCCAAAGAGCUUUAUGACAUAGUAUAGCGUGACCAGGCCGAUGUUGGAUAACACGAGAACUGCAUCGAAGAGUAAAGAAGCGGACACCGAAUACCGCGAGAUCUGCUGAAGAUCUAUAUUAUUCAUGUGAUUUCACAUCUGCUAGCCUAUACACUUACUAUCAAGCUGCGAUGGUGGAUACGAUUGCUGUCGAUGAAUGGAAUCACACCAUGAUGAUCCAGGAGCUCAGGACAAGGAGAUUGUACAGUGGAGUGGUUGCAGAUCCAAGCUUUUGAACCAAUAUGCUGGUUUAAAAACUUGCAUGUAUCUUGCUGACGAAACCUCUAGUGGAAACUAGCACCAAUUCUGGGCGGAUCUUUCUCAAAUCUUCAUUCUUCUUGCAUAGCCUGCUUAGUUAAAGAAUAAGGGCAAAUAACAUCUACUCUGAGUCAACAGGCUAGAACCAAACAUUAGUGGCUCAGGGCUUUGCUAAAAAUCUAUUGUAGAAGCUCUGAAUCUUGUUAGCCGGAUUAUUUUCUGGUUACGUGGACGAAUGCCUAUCAGAGGCAGUAUUGUUCAACAUAAUCGAAGUUUAACA